CGUUGUACUCCGCCGCCCCUCCGUCCUUGUGCGACCGACGAUCGUUCCACUCCGCCGCCCCUCCGUCCUUGUGCGACCGACGGUCGUUGGUCGCUCAUUGGUCUCUCGUUCCGGAGAGGAGGGGGUGGCGGGGACAGAGAGAGGGCGUGGUCACGUCAGCGCCCCGUAUUCUUGAGGAUGUCGAGAUCCCCUCUUUACUUAUCCACAUCUCCUUCUCCUCGCUGUAACACGUCGUCGGGCGUUCGUGGCUCCACAGCCAGCCAGGUUCUCACGGGGAAUAAUAAUAUGAAUGCCACAUGUAAUACUAUGACUGGACAUCCCAUCAAGGCGUCGAUUACCCAAUCAAACCAUCAUAACGAUCGGCUGGUGCACGGGCGGCUGCGGUCGCUGACGUGUCACCUGAGGGGGGGUCCAGACGGGCUAGCGGCCGCCACGUGUCAGUCCCUCAGCUCAUCACGGCGCAAAGCAGGUGUCUUCAAGAACACUGAUCGGCACGCAGCAGGUGUCAUCACCGAGGGAUUCGGGGCCACGUGGCAGCGCAGUUUCCCACCCACGCCGUCGCGACCUUUUCCCGCUAUUUCGUUUCCGACGGCUGCUCGUCGAAUGGAGUGUGCGGAGCAGAUGGCGCAUGGCGGGAAAUGGGCCAGCUUGGAGCCGGCAUCCAAUGGCGGGAAUUGGGAAAGCAUGGAGCGGAUGAUGACUCAGAGCGGGACAUCGGAACGCGAAAACGAGUCGAGCAACGGUGCCAUUGGCAGUGAAGGAUCAGAUACAUUUGCAUACCAGUUCCCGUCUCCUGAGAUUGCGAAGAUUGUAGAUGCCCCUCCUACCCCUGUGCUAUCAUUUUCUCCCCUCCGCGACAAGAUUGUGCAUCUGCAGCGGCCUGGGCUCCCACCUGUGGAAGAUCUCGCUAAGCCAGAGUUGAAGCUUGCAGGAGUUCGAAUCAAUCCCGAGAGCAACACACGCAGUCGAAUGUCAUCGUACACUGGGAUUGCCAUUACUGAGCUUCUGGAUGAUGGCCGGGUCGGACCAGAGCGGCAGGUUUGCGGUCUUCCAGAGAGUGCAAAGAUUAAUUUUGUCAGUUGGUCUCCCGAUGGGUGCCACUUGGCUUUUGCUGUACAUGUGGAUGUGGAGGAACACACAGAGGAGCCUGCAGGGCUAGGUCUGUGGAUGGCUGACGUAAAGACUGGCGAGGCGAAGCAGCUUUUCAGAUCCCCUGAGUGCCAGCUCAAUACAGUUUUUGACUCGUAUGGAUGGAUCGACGAAAAAACGAUUGUGGCUUGCGUGGUUCCUUCGUUGCGUGGAAAACCGCCACAGAAAUCUUUGAAACCAGUUGGACCUAAAAUUCAGUCAAAUGAGAGUGGUGAAAAGGCGCAGGCAAGGACGUACCAAGACCUCCUGAAAGACCAGCAUGACAAAGAUUUGUUUACAUAUUAUGCCACUUCACAGCUUGUGCUUGUGACGCUUGAUGGCAAAAUCAGGAAUCUAAAUGAACCACGCAUGUACACCUCCGUAGAGCCAUCACCAGAUGGGGAGUAUCUCUUGGUCGUGACCAUUCACGAACCCUUUUCCUUUGUGGUGCCGUGUGGCAGGUUUCCCAAAAAGGUGGAGGUAUGGACCCGUGAAGGGGCGCAUGUGCAUGAGAUAUGUGACCUGCCUUUAGCGGAGAACAUACCCAUUGCAUUUAAUAGUGUUCGCACCGGCAGACGGUCCAUAGGGUGGCGACCCGAUCAGCCAGCUUCGCUUUCCUGGAAAAUGUAUGACCAUGGGGCUCAGCAGCAGCCACAGGUGGAAGUUGUGAUGAAGGUGGAAGGUCAACAACCCUCCACCUCGACUCCUUCUCCACCUCUGACAGGUACUCAGCAGGAAAAGGAGCUGCAAGAACAGCUGCGGCGGCAACAGGACCGUCUUGCAGAACUAGAACGUCAGGAGGCAGCUGAGCUAGAGGCUGCAACAGAUAAUUCCAGAAGGGACUAUGUGUUCCAGCAGCUAGACAAGGUGCUCACAGAUGACCGUUGUGCACAGGAGCCCUUUGGGUUACCCAACCGGCCAACCAAGCAUCACAUCGAGCUGCUGCCUGGAGCGGUCCCUCCCAAGGGCCGCAUCUACAGGAUGUCCCCUGCUGAGCUUGAGGAGCUCAGAAAGCAGCCUGAGACCCUGACCAACAAGGGCUGGAUCAGACCCAACACUUCUGAAUUCGGUGCACCUGUUCUCUUUGUGCCCAAAGGGAAUGGCGAGUUCAGAAUGUGCAUUGACUACAGGGGUCUCAAUAAGAUCACUAGGAAGAGUACUGAGCCACUUCCUAGGAUCGAUGACCUCCUGGACAUGGUGCAGGGCUGCACAGUGUUCAGCAAAGUCGACCUCAAAUCUGGCUACCACCAGAUUGAGAUGGUAGAGGAGGAUGUCUAUAAGACAACCUUCAAGGCCAGGUAUGGGACGUAUGAGUUCCUGGUCAUGCCAUUUGGACUUUGCAACGCCCGAGGCACCUUCCAGACAGAGAUGCACCGCAUCUUCAGGCCUUACGUGGACAAGUUUAUGGUUGUCUACCUGGAUGAUAUCUUGGUAUUCAGCAAAACUGCCAGGGAACAUGCGGAGCACUUGGCUCUGGUCCUUCAGUCGUUACGUGACAACCAGUACAAGAUCAACAGGGAGAAGUCCUCCUUUGGAGUUCCCUCUGUUAUCUACCUGGGUCAUGUAAUCUCUGGAGAUGGUCUCGCUCCUGAAGCAGCCAAGAUUGCUGCUCAGACAGUGAGGGCUCCUUUGGGACUGCUCAAACCCUUACCCAUACCUGAUGGCCCUGCUGAAUCUGUGUCGAUAGACUUCAUAGAUUUAGGCAAGACCACCCCUCGUGGCAUGCGUCAGAUUAUGGUCUGCGUGGACAGGUUCUCCAAAUACGUAGAGUUCAUCCCCUUGCCAGAGGUAGCUAGGGUACCUGUUGUGAGAGCAGCCUUCUCUGAGAGCGAGGCAUCUGAGGCAGACAAGUUCAAGUUGCUGCCGAGAUACGUCUGGUGGGAAAUACGGCCCGAGAUAAUGAAGGUGGCUGCCGGGGCAGCAGGAGUUUGGGCCAGUUUCAAGGAAGAGAUGCAAAGGCGCUUUAAGCUGGGGGAUGGUCUGCUAACAAAGGCAGACUUGGAAAUGUCACAGCAAGAAGAGUUCACUACUGUGGGUGCUUUUGCGACGACCUUUGAGAAGAUGGCAAGGAAGGUCCCUGGGAUGGCGGAAGAGGAGCAGUGCGCAACCUUCCUAGGGCACUUCACGAAUUGGGAGGUCUCUGUGCGAACCAAGAAGGGUGCGCCAGGGAAGAAACUGACGUGGGCCGCGACAAAGGAAAGUGUGACGCACGGGGAGUUGGACCAAGUGGACAUCUUCCAAAUGCGGCAAGCCAGGAAGAAGAGAAAGGCCUUGGAUGCCACGACGAGUGACGGGCGCGACUUUAAGAAAAUGGUAGAGGAUGCGGUAGCCCAACUCGAUGCGGCAAAGGAGGCAAAUGCAGCAAAAAAGGCUAUGGUGGGAAACCAAGGCGGCGGACGUGUACAUAAUCAAGGAUGGGGCCGAGGGCGAGGAAAUGGAGGCCGCGGAGGAAACGGGAGAGGAAAUGGAGGUGGUUCCAGCGGGGGAGGAAAUGAGGACUGGAACGCGCUAGGAAGUCAGGGUAGUCAAGAAGGUGAACGAGGAUUUGGUACAGAACAGAUAGAUUGGAGGAAUGCCAUUUGCUGGCAUUGUGGGCAGAAAGGUCACACCAUCAAGUUCUGCCAUGUCCGAAGGAAUGAUGAAGAUGAAGGGUUGAUCAGUACCAACUACGAUGGUGAUAUGUAUGACAAGUUUGGGUACUACAUUGACCCUAAGACCCCUGGAGGAACGAGGAAGGAGGCCUUGCGACGAGUCGAGGCCGGCAUGCCACCCGCUCCUCCGACUAUGUUUCGGAUUUGGCAAGAGGAGGAGGCCCGUCCUGAUGUAAGGGUAGAAGAGGUAGGAGAGAAUGGGGAGGUAGAGCAGGAAAGGAAAGUCGGUACCGUCAGCGAAGAGCCAAUUGUGGUGGAAUCCGACGAUGAGAUAGAGGAAGUAGUAAAAGGGAAAGCAUGCACGACAAUGGUGGACAGUGGCGCGGAGAUGAACCUCAUAAAGGAGGAGCAUGCUUCGCGCUUGGGAAUGGAAAUAGAUCGCUCCGACAACGGAGUCCUGAUGGGAGCGAAUAGUCAAUCGGUAUUUGUGGGGACUGCAUCGGGGGUGAUUUUGGAGAUCGGGAAGGUGAAGGUGAGAAGUUGUUUCCUUAUAAUGCCUGAUCUCGAUCACCCCAUCUUGUUGGGUCGAUCCUUCUUAAGUCGAGCAGAGACCAUCAUACUUAAUAAGCAUGACGAAACCAUGAUCCUCGUCUUGUGUGACCCGAUGUGUGGCAAUUAUGAGAUUGUCACGUGUAAGAACACGGGGCCUAGAAGUACAAGGAACCGGCCCAACCCUGGCUCUUUCACGAUUGAAGAGUCAAAAGAGGAAAGGAAGAGGCUAGAGGGCGGCGAAAUUGAAGAGGAGAGGAAGCCUGAAGCACUGAUUCUUAGCCUGGCUAGUAUAGGCGAUGCUAUGGACAUAGUGUCGACCUAUGGGAUGGCAGACCCGAAGGCUGUAGAGGCCCUGAGAGAGAAGGUGGUGGAACAAAUGGGAGAAGGAGAGGUGGUGUUGGUAUAUCGAACGUCUGGAAGGAUAAGAGGAUCGGCAGGAGCCCAACCCCAGAGCGCAACUCGACCUUUUUUAGGGGUAGGCUCAAGCAAGGAUCACAAAGGCGGUACAAAAGGGAAUUACCUCUUUGGCAGGCGGUUCGUGUUCAGAGUUGACCCAACCGCCCUGGCUGGCCCACUUAAUAAUUUCGCUUCACCGGAUCCAACCAUUGCCAGAUGGUUGACGUACAUCUGGAUGUUUGAUUUCGAGUUGGAGCGCAUUCCUGGGAACAAUAAUAGGGCAGAUGGGUUAAGUCGCGUCGACUGGGAUAAAGGCAAUAAAGGGGCAGUCGAAAAUACUCCGCCAGUCGAUGGUUUUCUGGACGAGGAGGAGGAUGUAAGACUACAUAUUAACUAUUGGCCGUUAUCUGUGGGUGAGCAUGUUACUCUUGGACGACCUAUAUGGCUUGCACCUCCAGGUCAUGUACGACGGCCGGACAUAGUCCUCAAGCCUUAUGUUGAGGAUUCUUGGGGAAUGCCAGGAGUAGAUUGGAUGAUGGAUUUAGCUUUGGCGGAUAAGUACCAGCUGCAAGAAGAUCUGGUCACAAUGGGGAAUGGACCCCAGCAGGUAGAAAAGCAUGAGCGACUGAUAGGUGGCAUGCACCUUCUGGCAAACUCGCUACUUCAAGAUGAGGUCGCUAGGAUUGAAGGAGAAACGCAAAAUAAGGAAGAGAAUGUGGUCCACGAAGGAAAGGUAAAGGAGGCUUUUUGCUCGGAAGAGUAUGACGGAGUAUACUAGGAAUGCUCCUUUCAUGUGAAAUGAGGGAAAGAGAUGCCAACGAAAAAGUCCUCAAGAUGCGGCCAAAUUUUUUGGUGAGAGAUCUGUUCACGAGGAAUAAAGGGAGGAAUCCCAGAAGGGUGGUCUGUGGCAUAAAUCGACAGAUUGACGUUAUGGCAGCCCUUCAUGAUGGCACGACGGGGGGCCAUAGGAGUCUGGAUGCGACAUACUUGAAAAUUCACGAAUUAUAUUAUUGGGAUGGCAUGGGAUACAUGAUCGAUAAGUAUUGUAAAUCUUGUGUA